GUCCUUUCUUUUCAUAUCCAAGCGCUCUCUCUCUCUUUCAACAAAGGCAGCAGAAGCAGAUUCUCUCAACAGCUGGGAGCCAUCCAAAUGCAAAACCUUCAUUAAUUCCUUUCGAUUACAACGAACACAAAUCAAAUUUGUAACAUUUAAGCAUUAUUUUUGAGGAAAACAGAAAAAGAGGAGAAAUGGCAUUGAGACUUCCUCAUUUUGAUUUUUUCAGACUCUCUCACUUUUCCACAGCAAUUCCCAUUACAGCUAGUGCUACUACUCUCAGCCAUUUCGUUUCUCUCUCAUCCCCUUCGCUUGGACACGGAAGAUUUGCCGCUUCCUGCUACCGUUCUGUACGGAUAAAAAAGUUUCUAAUUGGAUUUGACGGACCACAGCAAAAUAUAGAGGAAUUGGGAGAUGGCAUCCAGAUGUUAGGUUCAGAUGAGGAAGUCUCGACUCAGAUUCCAACUCAAGCCCAGUCUCUUGUUGAAGGGUCUGCAGCUGUUAUGGUGUCUGAGUAUAGACCUGCCCCUGAUGUAGACUACCUACAGGAAUUACUGGCAAUUCAACAACAAGGCCCCAGAGUAAUUGGUUUCUUUGGCACACGAAACAUGGGGUUUAUGCACCAAGAACUUAUUGAGAUUCUAAGCUAUGCGCUGGUCAUAACUCAAAACCAUAUCUUCACUUCAGGAGCAUCAGGGACUAAUGCUGCUGUUAUUAGAGGAGCUCUCCGAGCUGAAAAACCAGAACUGCUAACGGUGAUACUUCCACAAAGUUUGAAAAAGCAGCCUCCAGAGAGUCAGGAGUUACUUUCUAAAGUAAAACAUGUGAUAGAGAAGCCUUACAAUGAUCAUCUUCCGUUGAUAGAGGCUAGCAGGCUGUGUAACAUGGACAUCAUCUCUCAAGUGCAGCAGGUCAUCUGUUUUGCCUUUCACGACAGUAGGUUGCUCAUGGAGACGUGUCAAGAGGCGAAGAACAUGCGGAAGAUUGUUACUCUUUUCUAUCUGGAUUGAUCGAGGCUUUGCUCGCCGAAUUCAUAACCUGAAAUCUUGUUUUGCUUGUAGAGUAGAAAGCGCAAAACAGAUGCUUUUUUUGUUGUAUCCAGAUUUUAGAGAAAUUUGAAAUAUGUGGCCCAACCCCUCCAAAUAUUUGGGUGGAAUAUCA